AUGUUGAUUUUCAGUUUUGUGACACGUGAUCCUCCUCUUGAAGAUUUGCCUUUUCCAAUACCACAGGUUUGUGUCAUUUCAUUGAAAUACAUGUAAAUACCGAGACGUUCUAAAAAUGUUGCAAAAAUAAAUAAUAAAAUAAAUUAAUAAAUAAAGGAAUAAGUAAAGAAAAAAUCUUCAAAAGCUUCAAACCUUUUUUGCCAUACAAUAAAUAAUCCCUUAUUGACCGAGCUCGUUCUGUCGAGAUGCUGGAAAUUGGCCUCGUUAUUUUUUGCUCUUUCAUCGACUUUGACUUUUUCUUGGUCCAGUAGAAAGCAAAAAAAGAACUUGGUGAAUAUCAAGCCAUCUUGACCUGAUGCUUGGUCAAUAACGCAUUAUUAUAUGUUACCAUCUUCAAAUGCGAAAAUGCGAAUUAUCCCUUGCGCCCAGAUUCUUAAGAUUUCAACCCAAAGAAAUUUAACAUCUUUGAAUUCCCGGCCUUUAUACACCAGGCUCUUUAUGCAUCUAUUCUCGUGUCAUCCAACAUCGAUGAUACCCUGUCCAACGCUGAACAGCUUAUGGUGCUUAGAGAUUAUCGCACAGCCGCAGCACUCUUCACUGUAGCACAAAAGCGACUUGGAGAUCUCGCUUCUCAUCAGGCGGUGGCUGAUUUGUUGUGCAAACGAGCUGAAUGUUUACUUCUCAUGGUAAGCGAGGUGUUUUUUUAAGAUGUUUAACAUUCAUUUAAAGAACGUGAUGACAAACCACACAACGUAAAUUAUGUAGAAAGGACUGCUGGAGACGUAAUUGUUGACUCGUAGGGUACUUCAGACUCGCAAAUUUUAUUCCCUACAAAACAAGUACAGCUAACGAAACGACAACUCAAAAGAUUGCAGUAAAGCAAAGCUAUGUAAACUUACAGAUGAAAACGCGAGAUGAACACACAAAUAGCUUAAAUCGGUCCGCGUACUGCUUACAGUGCCUCCCAAUGCUGUUUACCUGAAUUACGCGUCGCUUAGCGCACAUGAUACUAAAAGAAUUCAACAAUGAUGUCAUGAAAUAGUUUCGAAAUGACAUUCUUUUUAUCUCUUUUUUUCUUGUUUGCUUGACUAUGUAUUGGCCAGUAUGCUUGCGUGUUACCUGUUACUACAUUAGUUUGCUAUUAUAUUACUAGAAGAAAUUGCAGAUUAACAAACUCAUCUUCUUUAACUGAUGUUAUUUCAGAAUUAUGUUCAACACGUUAUACGAGAUUGCCAAGUAGGUGGGUCUCAUUUAGUUGAAUAAAAUCACUUUUGAUGAGCAAAGUACACUUGCCACGACAGCUUUUAAUAGUAAUGUCAAAUUAGGCUGUUUCGUAAAGCAAGAUAUAAUAAUUUGGGCUUGCCAAAAUUCCUUUAUUCUUCCUAGCUUAGAAUCAGCGACUUUGUGUCUUUUGCAAAAUCAACACUAGUACAGUCUCUUCAUAUCUUUUGAUUAUCAAGACUUCAUAUCUAACAUAAAGUACAGCCCGAAAAUUGAGUAUAGUAGCACACGUUCACAGAUUUCUUAAUUUCCUACAGUAGAUAGUUAGAGUAAUUUCUUGGAUUCCGCAGUAUUAAAAUUUGGCAAAGCAUUUUUCAAGUACACUUGGCGUGUCUUAUGGACCCUAAACACUUCAGUUAAAAGAGGUACUAUGACACUUUAUGAAGACAUUUCGUAAAUCCCCUUUAUACACUAUACCCUACCUUAUAUACCCUCUUUACUUGAACACUUUGAUUUCAACAGCUUUGCUAGUUUUUCAACGUUAUGAAUUAUUUGGUACCUUUAAGAGAUCGUGGUUUUUUAAUCCUAUCUUACGCCACCCCAGCUUUCCUGUCGUUCAAUCCAACCCCAUUAAUAAUUAUAACUUAUUGCACUAUUUUUGUUGACUUUGGUUUAGCAAAUAGUAUGAUCGGCAGGGUUAACGAACACAUCGCAUUUCUACUGUUCCGCGCAUUUGAAAUGCAAGGGGAAGUAGAGGAAGCCUUUGGAUAUGCAGUCAUAUACAAAGCCCUUGAUCCUCAGGUAACGUUUGGCUUAAUACUGUGCCACAUGUACAGAAUAAAUAGCUAUCCAAUUUUGAGUCCCUAAUGGCGGAGCUGUACGCACGCGCGAAGAGCGCGCGAGUUUUUUUUGCUGGGGAAAACACCGACUGUUUGGACUUGACAGGAUAAUCUUGCAAAACCAAAAUUGUUUCUCAGUCCCUGGUUAACAAAUCUUGGAGCGACCCUUUUCUGAUCCCAAAUGUCUAUUUUUUGUUUUCUUAGAUGGAGAGAGAUAGAGAUUCUGUAAGCAGACUAAGAAAAAGGGUAAUGUGGCUGUGUGGCCAGGUGAGGUCCGGGUUCCAUCCUGGGUUGCGAUCUUCUUUCUGUUUAAUAUAAAUACUCUCGAUAACGGGUCUUAGAAAAUGGAAGCGCAAUCGUUUACGAAAGGGACAUUUUCGCCUCCGCAAAGAAUCAAGGGAGUAAGCAUACGUAAGACAGCUAAUGUCAAGACUUUUCUUCCUUGGCGUGCGUAAAAUAAUGCUUUGCUGUUGUUUUUACACGCGUUAGAACUGAACAAGAAAUGGACCCCAUUGGCCACAACACUUAGCGGUACACUUUACAACAUGAAUGAAUAACGAAAGGGAUCACCUCUGUCCCUUUCAGAAGGGCCAUAGCUAGCAAGAGGCAAGACGAGGCACUUGCCUAAUAACUAGUUUCUUUCAUUAACUGGGCCACAAGGAUUGUCUUUACCCGCAUUGUUUUGCAAUUUGCUCUGCUUUAGCCUUGUUCGAUCUUUCUCUAAGAGCAUCAGAGAAAAACAUUGGAAAAACAAGACAAUUACUUGAAGAAUGAGAGUUAAUGUUUCUAAAAUUCAUCUUGUAGGGUCACCACCAAAUCCCCAGGACUAUCGACAUCUUGAUGGAAAGGAGCAAGUUGUUAUUUUCCAACAACGAAAAGGACGUAGCCCUGGACAUUUUCACAGAGGUCUUGGAACUCUCACCUGGUUUUUUGGAAGCUCUCGAAUACCGAGCAGAGUGUUACUUUUCCAAGGUAAGAAACAAAUUCCCUUUUAAUUUUUAAUUCGAUUUGCAAAUUCUCAUUUACGAUCACUGACAAAAUUAAUACAAUAACAAUGUGACGUUCAGUGGUUAAAAAUGAUAGUAGCAACUUUCGUGCAUCAUUUGGAAAAAUGCCUUUUAUACUGAAACUUUUCCCUAUAGAGUAGAGUAGCUGUUCAUAUACAGUACCAAAUAGGCAGGAAUUAGAAUGAGAUUAGACCGGAGGACUCGUUAAACACACCUAUUCAUAAGGACCUCAUGUAUUAAGGAUAAUAUUCCCUGUCUAGUAGUAGACCUCCCCCUCUUCUAAACCUCUAUUUUCAUGGGUCUCCUAUGACCUGCAACCUGCUAUUGUGUUAUUGUGUUUUUCAUCAAACCAAUGACCCUUAAUAUAGCGGAUGUACUGCACAUUCUGUAUGUCGCAUAUAAGGAUCAAUAUAUAGCGAUAUAACUUGCAGCACAAGAAAAGCUACUAACUAAUUUCUUUCAGAGUUAGCCCGAUAACCCCUAUAUAUACUAAUCAAGGAAUGAAGGCUGUUUUUUGAUUCGGCUAGCCUAGUGACCAAUAAAGUUCGACUUCUUUGUUGUGAACGUGACCUGUGAUAAUGGUAGAGUAAUGUGCUCCUAAAUUUCAAAAACUGUCGUGAAAGUUAGUGUACUUUUAAAAGAUUUAUAUCAGGAAAAAAAUCAAUUAACGAACAAAAUUUAGCACUGUUAUGUUUUUGACAUGAAAACUGCAAGAAGUAUUCUUGAUCCUCUACGUUAAUGUUGUAUUUUUUCUUUAGGGCGCUCUUGCAGAGGCAAAUCAUGAUUGCGAUCGAGGUAAAGUGGAAAACAGAAGUUAUAUAAUAUCAAAGAAUAACUUUCAGAAGUCCGAUUUCCAUGAUCUUCGAGAGUGAAGGAAAUGGAAAAUUGUGGCCGAUUGGUUUGCUUCUUUGUUCGUUUUUUCAACAAUACCACAAAUGUUUUUGAACGACAACAGGCCCGAUUUCUAGGAAAGUCGCGUGCGCACGAUCGAGAGAAAAACAAUUGUCAGUCUUUGUGUUAUUUCCAGUGCGAUUGCAUGAGGAUUAGCUCUCGACCAGUGAGCUUGCUCAGUUAACUCACUAGGUCAUAUUUUAAAGUACAGUGUAUGAUAGAUAGAAAGAGGAAAGAAAAUACAAACAGCAAAUUUUUUGAACAGCUUAGAAGUCUUUCAGUCCACAUCUUUGUCGAAGAUGUUUGAAAAUAAGCUUGUUACGCAAUAUUCUCGCUAGGAUGCCUAGAACGAGAUCAAAUUUUCCCCAAAUGUAAAUCGUGCGAUCGUCUUGUGCCGUAAAGCAUAUUCUAGGUCACAUGACACGUCACAUGGCCAAAAAUUAAAAAUGAAGCAAAUCGGCGAAUUAGUGGCGAAUUUACUUUCCAUGGCUAGAUAAACUGGCGUUUCUGAUAGACUAACACAUUUAUCUUUCUGUGUUUGGAAUGAAUGCACUCGAAGUUUAGAAUUAAAGUUUAACAGUAUUGAAGGUUAAACGUGCAUCCUAGAUAGGAUGUUUGCCCUUUUUAUAUUGAAGAACAAUCAGUACCAGUUUUAUUGAAGUGCAAAAGGAAGCGUUAGAUCAAAAAUAUUUAAUACGAAGCAGUAUUACGGUUGUUACCAUCAGCAAUUUGUCAAUCGUCUAUGACUUUUUUGACUUAAAUUGGCGCACUUAUAGUAAUUUGUUAAGGUCGAGAAGGUCUUUUUGUGUACCAAUAUAUAUUCAGUUCCAUUCUUUUUGCCGAAGUUAUAGCAAUAUCUCUAUUGGACCCAGGCCUUAAACUACUUAAUUUUUACUUAAAAUAUGUUAAGCAAAUAUAAAAUUGAAUUUAAUUGAAAGUUAUCAACAUUAGUAAUUAUUGAACCUUUGAUGGGAUCCUCAUUUUUAUUAGAUCCCAGGGUGCGUUUGUUGUUUUGUAUUCUGAAAAAAAGGAAAAAUUCCUUCUCAUUCUGGACUACGAUCACUUCAACGUGCUUUUAAUUCCAUUAUCCUUAGCAUUCGCACUGAUAAUUAACUACCAGAGAGCUUAAUAACAUUACUAGUCGAGGAGCAGAUUUCAAAAGGAGACCCGGUAAAAGGGUGACGCGGCAUUCUCACCACACAAGAGGUUUGACCACAGGUUCUGCAGAUAAUCGAUAAAUAUAAUCGGAUCUUAUGAAAUUGUGGGGUCAGUUCAGACUUGGUACGCUGCGAUUUCUGAUGGAUUAGUCGGGGUAUUUUGAAACAUGACCCGUAAACUUUAAAAUUUCUCGCGUUAAAUGAGCGUGAUUUAAUGGUAUGUUUGUGCCAAUGUACCAUUUCUGUGGUACUAUCGAUGUAAAAAAAAAAAAAAUCUUGACGGUCUGUUCAUAAUUUUGCCUUCAGUUAGUACUUAAACGUCACACAUUAUUGUGAUGUGUCCUAAACAGAAAAAUAUCGCUUGUGCCCGUUUUUCAGCUCUACUCCUUUCUCAGCGUACAAGCGCAGCUGCGUUUGAGACAAAAAUCAAGAUCAAAAUUCAAUUUGACGAACUUGAAGAGGCUUUGGAGCUCCUGAAGGAAUGGCGGAUCAUUGACCCCGAGGUGAGAUUCCAUGAUUUUAAACAGCCUGCAGGUGAUGUUGGUUGUUAUUUCCACGUCAUUCUAUGAAUUAUACUUCAACAUGGUUGAACUUUCAUUUUCUUGCAAUCGCCAAUGAUGACUUAAGAAAAAGAAAUAGACCUUUUCACUUUUCGGAGUUGCCUCCAGCCUCUCUUUUCAGGACGACGCUAAGUUUGAAGUCGUUGACACAAAAAUAGCGGUCUAAUCCAUCGAGGCGGGGUGUACAGUGUCCUGAAUAAGUGCUUAAAUUAACAUUAGUUUUACUUGAAUAAAGUCCUGUUUUUAAACCGUAGGCCCCAACCUUACCCAAACGUUCCUGGAAACCGGCGUGCUGUAAACAAAGAAUUAGCUCCGUUUUAAUUUAUUCUCAAUUCAAUAGAUUAUAGCAUGAAAUUUGCAUCAGAACUUUAAAAGGUUCUUUAAAGUAAGGUGGCUGGAUUACCUAGAAUUUGGAAGGAGAUGUGAAUCUUUGUGCCGCCAUUUUCUGGAAACAAGCUGUGAUAGUAAAUUUUAUCUGACAAUCUUUAUUUGCUCGCAUACAUGUGGAAAAUUCUCUAAAAUCAUGUGACAAAAAAGCUUACCAAAACUGAACUAAGUGAACACGCCAUUUUUUGAUGAGGAAAUAUCGCUAUCUUUGAAAAGUUGUUUGGGUACACGACUAGAGUUGACAGCCCUUCUAAGUUUCCCCUUCUCAGUGCAGGUGAAUUUCUGCCGUCAUACCUGUCAUACAUGGUUUUGCUCUUUUCAGAGUCAUUUUUGCUGCGUGUAAACGCUUCUUUAACAUAGAAUUUAACAAGUUAUGUAGUGAACACCUCUGAACUCUCUAAUUAAAUGGUCAGGUACUAUUUUUCUAGCAUUUAUAUUUUCCAUCUUUCUAUAUUUUGUUAUUUUACCAUAAAGAACGAGAAACUUGACAGUAUCGAAAUGGAGAUUAAAGACUGGAUUGGGGACAGGCAAUCUCGCAAGACCGCCGUCAUCAGCAAGUCACAGUCAGUAAGAUAUACUUUUUAACCAUCGCCCUCUUGGAAUUUAAGUUAGUCAAGCAUCCCUGACAUAGCUGGCAAAUCAGACUGAAAAAAGUAACGUGAAAACAGGAAAGCAUACUAGCAAAGACAAAGUAAUUAUAAAUUAUUACCAUGUUUUUCACUGUAGUUCUUUCGUUGUUUUUGUAUUGGCUUAGCUUUUAGAUUUAUCCGUCACGGGACAUGAAUCCGACGACGGAGAUGAAACACCAAAAAAGCAGAAAGUUAGGAAACCUCCCAUACGAGCGUCCAGGCGGUGUAGCGGUGCUAAGGUUAGGGAGUUAAAAUAAUUCGUUAAGCAUAGCAAGGGGUAAAGAGAUUAUUCAAGAGCAAAGUGGCAAGCUCAUAUUGAUUGAAUUGUACACUAACAUAGCCUUUUGCCUUUUGUGAUGACUGCAAGAGUCUCCCAGCACAAUUUUUCUCUAAGCACACUUCCGCUGCUAUCAUAGCUUUCCCUAAGAAUGACCCUUGCCACACGGUUUUUUAGUUUCUGCACUUUUGAAGAUAAGUGAUUGCUGAGUCCAUCCUAGACUACAUUACAAUGAUCAAAGUUGGGUAGAUCUAGUGCUUUAUAGCUUCCUUCUGGCUGACAAAGGGUCUUUCCCCUUUAAGGGCGCUUAUCGCUGAAGUGACUUUUUUACAUAAUUGCUCGAUUUCUCUCUUCAAGAGAGCCGGUCAUCUGAAACAUUUAGAAAUGUUAGCUGUUGUUGUCGACGACGAUCACGAAAUUCGGAGAUCAUAGCCAUGAAGAAGGAGAGACUCUCACUCAGUAAACACGAAUGUCCGAAGUGUUGUCUAUUUGCAGUCUUCUCAUAACUUUCGGGCCGUGAAUUACGAGGCUGCAGAAUAAUGUUGGGUCAGCGACUUUAGUAGGAAGAAGUUUUCUUGUGACGUACUGUUACUAUUAAGUCUUGCUUUUAUUUUAUAGGCAAAAAGCAACAGCGAUUUGAAAUGGGAAGAGUGGAAGAGAGAAAAGGUGACGAAACGUGAAAACCGUAAUCAUAAGGCCAAAGUUGCUUCUAUGGUCUUUAACGUAAAUGACUAACGUGCAUCAUUUUAAAUGUAUUCAGUACCAUGAUGAACGGAUAAAAGCGUUCAAGUUUGGAGCCGUGUUGUUUUAAGACCCAUCUACCAAUGGAAAUUGGUGUACCUGCUCUGAAGAUUGCGCGUACGAAUCAUCGUCCUCUGAUGCAGUUUGGGGAUGGGUUACAGGAAAAGCUAAAUGAUUUCAAGUCUGAUUGAAGGUGUUUUCUUUGUACCGCAGGAGCGCGAGGAGAUAGCUCGAGAAUUGGCAGAAAGGCAGAGGGAAAACGAAAAUAAAUGCCAAACGGUAUGUCGCUCUUUCUAAGUGUUCUUUUAAAACUUUGAAACAAGUUAGAGUGUGGGGUUAGUAUUACUCUAAAAUACUUGCUAGAAACACAAAGUUAAGAGACUUUCGAUCUGGUGUUUCAAUCUGUUGUUAACUUUUUUUCAUAUCUCAGACUGAACGGGCCUACCGCUCUUGUUGUCAUAGGCCAACGCUAACGCGGCUUAAUUCUUGGCAUUUUUGUCCCAAAUGAGAGAUUCGGGAGUCUAGAUUGUUACAAAAAGAAAAGAGAAAAUGGACCCCGGAUUGUUUGCCGCUUGUUUUAAAUCUGAAAAUAACCCGCAACAAUGAACAACAAAGAUAAAGGGAAAGAAAUGAUAUAUUCUCUCCUGUUAGAGACUGAUGCCAAGAGAAAGUCAGACAGUGGACGAGAAGAAGUAACUUGUCAUGUGCCAGCGUUAAUUUGCCAGUAAAUAACGAACAACGUAACUAGAAUUCCCCACAGAAUCCUAUCAAUAUUGAAACUUAGCCGUGAGCUGCGUGCAAGAACAAGAACAACAAGAACAACAAGAAAUAUUAUUGAGAUUCAAACUACACGUAAUUACAUUAUUUUCCCACCCAAAUGGCGAAAACAAAGCUUUUAAAAGAUCAAAAGUAACAACAAGCCAUAGCGGACCAGCUGCGGGAAGCGGCAAGAAAUUAAGCAUAAUUAGGGACGGACCAUUAGAAAACUUAUGGGGGGGGGGGGGUACAAAAAAUUCAAAAAAAAAAUUAAAUGAAAAAAAUUCUUGCACGCCAAGUAAUCCCAAAAAAUAUUUGUGCUAUGGCCUAAAAAAAAAUUCAUACAAUGAAUUUGAUAACGAAAAAAAUUCCUCCGGCUCGAAAAUUCCCGUCCCUCCCAUAACUUUUCUAAUGGUCCGUCCCUUAACAUCCAUAUAGCAAAGGAAAUGUUAGUAUUUGACACAGAAGUGGAUCAGCAUGGACGUUGAGGUUUUCCCUGUUAAUACUUUCUUUUAUUAAUAUUGAGGAUGUCUAACUUAGAAUCAAAUGAAAGGGUAAUAAGCAAUGGACCAAUGUUGCCCUUUAUUGGUGCUAUUGUUAUUCAUGUGAAUGUUAAGUGUUAUACUGGUUGCUUUCUCAUAAAAGGCUAAAGCUGAUGAGCAAAUAGGAGCAAUUCAAGGUGAACCAAACGAAAAGUCAGAAGGUAAUAUAAUGUAACUAUAUAACUUUCAGACACUAGUUUUCUCUUUCUUGGCACUUUCUAAGUAGACCGGAAUUUAUGUUUAUGGUAACCUAAUUAUAGGAUCAGUUUUUUUUCAACAGAGAGCUACACCAAGCAAAAACUGUCUAGGUUCUUUUGUACGCAUCUUUAUCAAAGCCUCAAAGCGGCUAAGCCAUUUGUGCAUCAAGUCUAAGAUUGUUCUUCCUCCGCAUGAUCAGAUUCAGGGUAAUAAAUAACAGCAAGGAAUUUCAAUGGUUUUAUUGUCACCCUUUCUUUCUUAGGAGCCCUGACAAAGGAGCACACGACACCAUCUAUGGCGCCACCGCCUUUACCUUCAGGUACGAGGCCUUGAUUUUGUGUUCUGAUACGAACCGGGUAGAAAUAAGGCUUGCCACGAAUUCUACCGAUAAACGUUGGACAAUACCAAGAGUCAUAAUAGGAUGAUCUCAUGACAAUACCCCCAUUAAACUGUUUGAACUGAUCAAAUUCUACCCUAAUGAUUCUCAUCGUGGCUGGAGAGCACAUUUUAAGGCCUAUCAGGUACUCGUUUUCUUUUCGUUAAUCAAAACAUCGCAAGGAGAUGUCAGAUCAAAGUUUUUUUUGUUGUAAAGAAGUACUCUGAGCAUGGUUUAGGAAUACUAUUGGAUCGAAGAAUGUUAACUUCGAUAGAUUUGAAAACAAAUUUCUUUGCCUGCAAAUUUCCAAAUUUCAAAUGAAUAUCUAAGAAAAUAUUUUCUUUUGUCAUCCUUUUAAGAAUCAACAUGGUUUUUGUUUUCUGUUCAGCAGUGGCGGCAACGAAACGACCUCAUAAACUGACUCUAAGGGUUGAUUUCCAGGGUCGCGUAAUUUCGUACGUGGCUGCGUACGUGCGUAAAAUUUGUAUUCGCAAAUAAAUAGAGCCAAUGCAGGAAAGGUCGCUCGUGAGCGUAAAAGUUGAACCUCGCUCAACUUCUCUUGUAAGCUCACCACUUCUUAUCUUGCCUCUAUCUUAUUUACGGGGCGCCCGAACUAAGGGCUUAAAAUUUACGCGCGUUAACGUGCGUAAAUUUUAAUCGCGUCAGUGGAAAUCAACUUUUAAGAAUGGCUGCGCGCGGAAAAACAAAAAGUCGAAAAUAAGCUUUUUUUUUCAUACCAAGAGAGAAUUCUCUCUUGUCCAUACCCAUGCCCAUUUUAAUCAGAAAGUAAAAAUUUCUUUCCAACUGCUAGCAACAGAAUUGGCUGUUUGGCUAUAUUUCAAGUAUCUAACGCAAGAGAGAAUCAUUCUCUCUUGCUAACGUUAGUUUUAUGCAGCACUUUUUAUUGCAGGCCGGGUCGGCAACAUUAAACGUGAUUUGUGGUUUUAAAAGCUGUUCAAUUAAACCGCGCAGUUAUAGUUUGAUACUUAAAUAGCACUGGUCAUAAUUGAGGAUGUCUUGUGUAAUAUCUAUUUACAGGUCCUUUGUUUUCAGCCCGAACUAAGAAAAGAAGGGUUAGACGAAAGACUAGAAAUUUAAGAGCCAAAAGAGAAGGUGAGACAUUUUUUGUGCUUUUGUGUACAGGGGAUUGUUGCUACUUGCACCAUAAGGCCUGUGGCAUUCGCGCUUUCGUGUUGCCUGAUUCUUGUAUUCAAAGUCAUACGUAUUAGAAAAAGUUACAGUCCAUUGACUUAGCCAGAAUGCAAUUUUGUACCAUUUUUGGUUGCUUAAGAUCGAUGCUUCUUGUUUAGUUCAUAACUCACAUGGCAUGUUAUAUGCCUGCGAAUAUAUGCACCCAUCUCUCAUCUUUCCCCACCGCUAGCUUUGAACCUAAGGCAGCUAGUUACGACUGAGGUCCAUUUAACCUCUCCUUUUUUAAUGCCUUUUUUCUCUAACAUACUAGGAGCUGAUGAUGACUCUGAUGCUAGCAGUGUUUGUAGCAUAAGUACCUGUCCUGGUGAUCUUGGUUUUAGAGGAGGCACACAAUAUCGCCCAAAGAUGCCUACUUUUCCGGACAUUAGCGUACGCGCUGUCAGUGAACAACCCAGAUCUGGACCUGGUCAAGAGCAGACUCAGAAGACAUCGUUGAAAACCUCGCAUGGACAGAACUAUGUAAUUCGUUCUAGGCCGGCUGGAGUCUACGGUCCCUACAUGCUCUGUGCGUUUAUAAAGCGAAAGCAACCUUGUUUUCAAGGCAAGCUGUGUCAAUUUGCACACAGUGAAGAGGAAAGGAUUGCUUGGGAGGAAGAUCGGAAAAAAGGUACUUGAAGUGGCCUUAGAAACGGUCACGGACUUUUGCCUUUUAUUUUUAGCAUCAUAAAUCAAUCAACUGAUUGAUUAGCACCCAAAGAAAACUUACAUUUAUGGAAUGAAGUUUUGGAGUCGUCAUGACUCCAUUUUUCAAGUUCAAGCGGUUUAUAGUUACAUACAAUAUGCUCAUACAUAUGCUCAUCGGCUUUCGGAGUCUGAGCUUAACUUUUAUUAGAUUAAUUACUGCUUUUGCCCAACCGAAGCGACCUAAAGGAUUAUAAAUAAUGUUCUUCCAGAGUGGAUUAGUUCGAAAAUGUUGAAAUAUUGUUCUCGUGUGAACAGCCAAUAAACAGCCUACCUUAUAUUCUCGCGUAUACAUGAUGUAACUCACCAGUGUGAAGGAAGCAUUAAUGCAUGACUGUUUUCUCUUUUAUCCCUUUAGCGUCUAGAAAACAUUCAUCCAGGAGAGAAAAUAGUAAAAGAGAGAAGGAAAGUGAAGGCCCCUCUUCUUUACUAAAAGAAUGGCGUCAACAAUUUAGAGGGCCCUGCCGAGCACCUUGGCAUAUUCCCAGAAAAGGUCAAAAAUACAAACUGUGUCCUAAGUAA